AUGGACAAACUCAGGCGGUUCAACCGCGACAUUCCCGAUUUGGUGCUAUCGAAGUUUCGAAUUAGGGAUUUGAUGCAGAUGAAAUGUGUCUCCAAGCUUUGGCGCGACCUCAUCUCCGACCUAAUCUCCAACCGUGCCUUCGCACUGAAUCAUUCGCAGAAGCAGUUGCUAUCCGGAUUCUUCUUCCGGCAGAAAUCUCUACUGUACGAUUUCCCACACCCAAGUUACGUUUCGGCUGGAAGGGAAGACGAAGUAGCUCCAACGCUUCUUAGAACCCCUCUCGAUUUCCUCCCACAGAAUUCCGUGUUGGUCUCUUCCUGCAAUGGUUUGGUUUGUUGCAGGAGUUACUCCUUUUGGGAUAUCUUGACUAUCCAUGUAGGCAACCCGUUAACCAGAGAAUGGGUUGAGUUCAAUUGGUAUCGCAUCAAUGGGAGAGCGGAUGCCAUCAUGCUGAGUUUCGAUCCUGCUCGUGAUAUCACCGAUGAUUCGACGGACUUCAAGGUGUUGAUGGUAUGGGAAUCACCAGAAGAACAGUACCCAUCGUUUCAUCUGUACUCCUCGAAAACGAAACGUUGGAAGUACUUAUAUUCAGAUGAAACGUACAUUCUGUCCGAGUACUCCCACUUGUAUCAUACCGAAUGUGUGUGUGUGAAAGGGGUGAUGUAUUGGCUCACACAUUACAGUGAAAUGCUCGCUUUCGAUGCAGAAAACGAGUUAGCUUAUACAGUCUCCACGCCUGUUCAAGCUUAUGAAUUCGGUCGUGGGGAGCCUGUGGCCUGCAUUGGGGAAUCUGAUGGGGAGUUGCAGUUUGUAAUGCUGUCGAAAGAAGGACUCCGUAUGUGGGUACUAGAGGAUCUCCAUGGAGACAAAUGGUCGUCGCUGAGGUACGAAAGGUCCUUGGCUGAUAUCAACAAGUAUGAGCAUGCUGAGUUUUCUCUCGAUCUGCAAGAAGCGAUGCGGCUGCAUCAGCUCAAGGAGCUAAAGGUGGAUGCUUUGGCGUUGAAAGAUGGGGUUCUCGUACUGAGGGUGGCUGACAAUGUUUUCUUGUACGAUAUGGGGACUGAUCGUAUCGACCGAAUUGCUCAUGUGACAGAGUUCGGUAAUGGGAGAAUGUUUGAUCCUAAGCACAGGAAGCCGCCGCCCCCGAGGGCGACCACGGUAUGCAACGCGUACGAGGCCGGCCGCCGGUCGCGGCCGCUCGACAUCGACAUCGGCGGCGAGCAGGCGGGGCAGAAGAUCAAGAUCGGGAUCUACUUCGCCACGUGGUGGGCGCUGAACGUCGUGUUCAACAUCUACAACAAGAAGGUGCUGAAUGCUUUUCCCUAUCCGUGGCUGACUUCGACUCUGUCCUUGGCCUGUGGCUCGUUGAUGAUGCUCGUCUCGUGGGCCGCCAGAGUCGCUGACGCUCCCACUGUCGACUCCGAUUUCUUGAAGUCUCUCUUGCCCGUUGCUAUCGCGCACACGAUCGGGCAUGUGGCUGCCACGGUGAGCAUGUCGAAGGUGGCGGUGUCGUUCACGCACAUCAUCAAGAGCGGCGAGCCAGCUUUCAGCGUCUUGGUGUCGAGGCUGGUGUUGGGGGAGACGUUCCCUCUUCCGGUCUACCUCUCCCUCCUGCCGAUCAUCGGCGGUUGUGCUCUGGCGGCCGUGACCGAGCUCAAUUUCAACAUGAUUGGGUUCAUGGGGGCGAUGGUGUCGAACCUGGCGUUCGUUUUUCGGAACAUCUUCUCGAAGAAAGGGAUGAAGGGGAAAUCCGUCAGCGGGAUGAACUACUAUGCUUGCUUGUCGAUCAUGUCUCUCCUGAUCCUCACUCCUUUUGCCAUCGCCGUGGAGGGACCUCAGAUGUGGGCCGCCGGGUGGCAAAAUGCCGUCGCUCAAAUUGGUCCCAAUUUUGUCUGGUGGGUAGCGGCGCAGAGCAUCUUCUACCACCUGUACAAUCAAGUAUCGUACAUGUCUCUCGAUCAGAUAUCUCCGUUGACAUUCAGCGUCGGGAACACGAUGAAGAGGAUCUCGGUCAUCGUCUCGUCGAUCAUCAUCUUCCGCACCCCGAUUCAACCCAUCAAAGCCCUCGGAGCCGCCAUCGCCAUCUUCGGCACUUUCCUCUACUCUCAGGCAAAGCUGUAACUUCUGAUGGAGCUGAGGCAGAGCUUUUUUUUUUUUUUUUUACCGGAGAACAGAGGAGGGAGUAGCUCUACUCUAGUAGAAUGUUGCCUGGUCAUGGCCUUUUUUUUUUUUUUUUGGCUCUUUUGUGUUAAGAGUUUGGUUCUGAUGAGAAGAUUAAUUUGAUCUGGCUGUUCUGGGCCUGCACGAGAUAUUGGGCAGGCCAGGUUCUUGCUUACUUAAUAUGGGCCAACUCUUAGGCCCAAGCUGAAAUAUUCUAGGAAUGCAUAGCUUUUGAGACGAUGGGCCGGGUGAGAACCUCCAAAUAAAUAAAUGGAGUCAUAUGAGCCAUGGCCCUGUCCAGAAUUACAACCAUGUACUUAACAAGCCUACAAUUCAUUGUUGUUAUAGGCAGUCUACUGGAGUUAAAUAAGAUUUUGGGUUAUUGGGCUUCAGGUUUUAUAUUUAGGUCCUGGGUCCAGUUAGAUAGGAUUUGAUUGGGUGGCUAUCGAGCUUCUUGUUUCUUUUGUGAUGGUUUGCGGUGGAGCUUCUUGUGUUAUCAUUUGUGAACGAUCACAUCACUUUAUAGUCAGUAAACAUGAGUAAUC